UACUUUAUCGCUUCGUAAUGCUGCGGCCAAUAAUGAUUACAAGUCUAAAAACAUUUUUAGAAAAACAAAGUGUCAGAUAUAAAGUAGUUAAACCCGCUUCAUUCUUGAAACCAGCGGAUAAAUUAAAGCAAUUUAAUAAAGAAAAUAAGGAACUUUUUGGACCACUAUUGGAAACGAAUAAGCAAAAAAAAAGUAGAUUGAAAAAGGAAGCUAAAAAUAGACCACAUCAAAACAACGAAGUGACCGCAUCGAAUGAAAGUACGCAAAAGUUUAUCGACGUUACGAGACAAGAUGCUGUAGUAAAUCAGAGCCUUUGUGCUAUUAGAAGAUACAUCAGUGUUAUUAGGAGUGUAAAAAGUUUUAAACACACUAUGUGGCAAAAUACGAGGACUUGUUUUAAUCUAGUGGGAGUUUUAUUUAAUGGAACACCUGUCAGGGGUAUAAAGACAUUUGUAGUGAACAAUGCAACCGGCAGUUCAGCUGCACAACCUGGGUAUGUCAGCGAGGACAAAAUUCUCCAAAUUAAACAACACCAGAAUGAUUAUGCCCAACAAUACCCAUCUGUUACUUUAAUAUUAAACAAAACAAUGACCGAGGAGUCAAGAAAAUCAUUAGAUAAAUGGAAAAAAGAAAGAAUAGAAGAAAUGGGGUUGGAAGAAUUUAAUAGAUUUUAUCAAGCUCAAUUGGCAUCCGGCACAAAAUUUCAUAAUACCCUGAAAACAUAUUUCACGCAACCAAGGAACCAACUACGUAUAGAAAAAGAUGUCGAAGGUGUCUGGUUGUCCGUCGCGGAGGUAUUGAAAAGUAUAUCUUCUCCGAAGGCGAUAGAAUCUAAUGUAAUACACCCUGUAUUGAAAUACCGUGGAGUAUUUGAUGCUAUUGCUGAUUAUGAAGAAAAACCAACACUUAUUGAAUGGAAAAAAUCAGAUAAGCCACGAAAAUCGAUAGCAAUGACAUACGACAAUCCUGUCCAGCUGGCAGCUUACUUUGGUGCAGUAUGCAAUGAUCUGAAUUACAAACACUUUAACGUAAGAGAUGCUUUACUAGUCAUAGCUUACACAGAUGGUUCUAAGGCAGAUGUAUUCCAUCUAUCAACGGAUAAGCUUAGAGAACAUUGGGCACAAUGGUUGAUCAGACUGGAAGAGUAUAUGGAGAAAUAUAGCAAUGAUUCAGAGAAGAUUUUGAAGGGUGGGAAACGGUUGUUCGAGGAGGAAAUUGGGAAACUCUAAUAAUUUAAGAGACAAUUCAUCAAUCACCUGUUGGAUCUUAUCUACAAGAUAAUCGUCGAAACAAAAAAAACCUCGAAAUUGGAGUCUCACUAGAUU